AUGCAAAGAGUACACAAUAAACCCAUCAGAAAUUCUCCGUCGUCUGUUAUUAAACAUCUGAUCAACGACGGCGGAGGAGUGACGGCGGCAGAAAUGCAAGAACCGAGCAUCGAGACUGAUAAGCUAAGCUACGAAAUUUUCUCGAUUCUCGAAAGCAAGUUCCUUUUCGGGUACGACGACCCGAAACUCAUGGAUUCACGGAGCAGAGACCCGAGCCCGGAGCAAGAAUCAUCACCGGCGGUUUCCGAAGCCGUCGUCGCUCCGGGAUCAAUCAAGAACCAGAGAGGUAAAAUCUGUGUUUUGAGCAUCGACGGUGGUGGAAUGAGAGGGAUUAUACCCGGAAAAGCUUUGGCUUAUUUGGAACACGCAUUGAAAUCAAAAUCCGGUGACCCGAAUGCCCGAAUCGCCGAUUACUUCGACGUAGCUUCCGGUUCGGGUAUCGGAGGAAUUUUCACGGCGAUGCUUUUCGCGUCGAACGACGGAGACCGUCCGAUCUUCAAAGCGGAGGACACGUGGCGGUUUUUAGCGAAGAAAGGAAAAAGCUUUUACAAAUCACCACCGGGGAUCUUAAACCGGGUUAUGAAAACCGGGUCGGGUUCUAAGCUUGAGAAAACGAUGAAGGAAUCGUUCGGUGAGCUUACGCUUAAAGACACGGUUAAACCGGUUUUGAUUCCUUGUUACGACUUAACCAGCUCUGCACCGUUCCUAUUCUCACGUGCCGAUGCGUUGGAGACGGACGGUUAUGAUUUCAAGCUAUGGGAAGUUUGUAGAGCUACUUGGGCUGAACCAGGAGUGUUUGAACCGGUCGAGAUGAGAUCGGUUGAUGGUAAGACCCGGUGCGUUGCGGUUGAUGGUGGUUUAGCAAUGAGUAAUCCGACGGCUGCAGCGAUUACGCACGUGUUGCAUAAUAAGCAAGAGUUUCCUUUUGUUAGAGGUGUUGAGGAUUUGCUUGUGUUGUCUCUUGGUACGGGACAGUUGGUUGAUGUUAAGUAUGAUUGUGAUAAGGUUAUGAAGUGGAAGGGUAAGCAUUGGGCUCGACCCGCGGUUCGGAUUUCCGCGGAUGGAGCCGCGGAGACUGUGGACCAGGGGGUUUCUAUGGCGUUUGGUCAGUGUAGAAGGAGUAACUAUGUCCGUAUUCAGGCGAAUGGGUCAAGCUUUGGUCCGUGCAAACCAAACAUAGACACAGAUGCGAGUCCGAGCAAUGUGAAUAUGCUUGUAGGAGUAGCAGAAGAGAUGCUGAAGCAAAAGAACGUGGAAUCGGUUCUGUUUGGUGGUAAAAAGAUCAAUGAAGAAAGCAAUUUUGAGAAGCUGGAUUGGUUAGCCGGUGAACUCGUGCUCGAACACCAGAGGAGGAGCUACAGAAUCGCUCCCACUGUAGCGUUCAAGCAAUCCGGCGAUCGAAGAACUGAUCAGGAGACGAUUUUUAAGGAUAUUGAUUGUAUGUUUUAA